AUGCAAUCAUACCUACGAGCUACGGGUAGAUCACCUGUUGCUGAUGCAGCAGAUUUAGCGGCGCUGAAAGGAUACCUAAAGGCAGACGAAAAUGCGGAAUACGAUGAGAUUAUCGAAGUAAACUUGGGCGACCUUGAACCAUCUUUGAAUGGACCAUUCACCCCGGAUCUCGCCACACCGCUUUCAAAGUUUCCUAUGCUUAUACAAGAGAAAGGAUGGAAAGAUGAAGUUUCUGCAGCCCUCAUCGGCUCAUGCACUAAUAGUAGCUAUGAGGAUAUGGUCAGUGCAAACCAUCACCUGCGACAUAUUCUCGAUCUUAAUGUGAAGCAGACUCGUGCCGCCGAAUUAGCGAAUCAAGCCAGGGAAGCUGGCUUAAAGACACAGGAUCAGAGCAGAUACGAGCUACAAUGGAGAGAGAUGGUAUCACUGCAUCUCUUGAGAGUGUUGGUGCUACCGUCCUUGCCAAUGCCUGUGGCCCUUGCAUCGGUCAGUAACUUCAAAUCAAGAAAUGAUGGCAACCAGAAGACCAUGAACUUCCUAGCCUCCCCAUCUGUUGUGACUGCCAUGGCGUUCAGUGGAAAGCUAUCUUUCAAUCCGGUGACAGAUACCAUUGCUACGCCGAGCGGAAAGGAAUUCAGGUUCAAAGCGCCCGUAGGCAAAACUCUCCCCGCAAAUGGAUUCGAAGCAGGCAACCCGGAUUUUUACCCCAAGCCAAAUCCAAAACCACAGCCUGAGGUCUCUAUUGUCAUUUCUCCCACCUCAUCAAGGUUGGAGGUCCUGGAGCCAUUUGCCUCGCAUUUUGCCAAUGGUGUCCCAGCCGAGCUACCAGCAAUGACAUGCCUUAUGCGGGGAGUGAACGACGAAAAUGGAGAAGUUAAUGUUGCUUUGGACCACGAUGCCAGAUCAGGAUCAGAACAAUCAACGGGGACUAUACCCGAGGUCGCCAAGCGGUUCAAGAGCCGCGGACAACCAUGGGCCCUCGUCGUUGACGAGAACUAUGGAGAAGGUUGUGGUUUAAUUGUUGCCCGUUCAUUUGCUCGAAUUCACGAGACAAAUUUAAAGGUAUGUGAUGCCAUCACACAACGAUACUUCAAACUAAAACCACAGCAGAAGCAAGGGGUCUUGCCUCUUUGGUUUGCCGACAAAAGCGACUACAGUCGCAUAUCAUCCGGAGACAAGAUAGAAACGAUUGGUCUCGCGGAAUUACUUGCCGGUAAGGGUAAGGAUGUCCAACUUCGCGUCAGUAAACGGGAUGGGGAAUCGUUUAUCAUCAAGACCAAAAAUACUAUGUCAACGGACCAGCUAAAAUGGUUACAAGCAGGCUCUGCCUUGAAUCACAUCCGUUCAUUGCGCAUGUCGAGUUGA